CAUCUCACUGAAACUCGCUCGUGUUCGGCGGCAGGCAAAUCCGGCGGUUUAAAGCGCCACAACGGCAGCUCCAUUCACCGAUAACUGCCUCCAGGCGGCGGCAGCUCUGCUGAUCGGCCAUGGCUGUAUUGUCUUUCAUUUGUUAACAUCAAAUCUCAGCCAAGUUCCACUACUUUCCCUUUCUUUCCUACUCUUUUGCAUUGCUGGUCCUCAAAUUACAUCAUCCUUCGAUCUUGGUGCUUGGAAGCGUCUUCGAAUUGGUACGAUUCUGUGAUUCUUCUAUUUUAGGAGCUGUACAGGGAGUUGAAGUCUCGGUACAGACGAUUGGAGGUUUGGACCGUCCAAUCUGAAUAAUAUCUCAGUAUGAGAACGGCGAAAAGCGUUCAGGAAGACGAAGAGUACGAGGAGGACGAGCUGGUUGCUAAAAGAGAGGGGCCUGCUUCUACUUACAACGCAAACAGUAGCAUCGGAAACAGCAAAGAUGGGAAGAACAAUGAUAAGGCUAAUGCCAUAAGGUCAAAGCACUCAGUCACGGAACAGCGCAGAAGAAGCAAGAUUAAUGAGAGAUUCCAGAUUUUGAGAGAUCUUAUACCUCACAGCGACCAAAAGAGAGAUACCGUAUCGUUCUUAUUGGAGGUGAUUGAGUAUGUACAGUAUUUACAGGAAAAGGUGCAGAAAUACGAGGGUUCAUAUCAGAAUUGGGGUGGGGAACCUACUAAGUUGAUACCAUGGAGAAAUAGUCAUUGGCGUAUGCCGACUUUUGUUGGCCAUCCCGAGUCUGUAAAAAAUGGUUCUGCUUCAGGACCAAUGUAUUCGGGGAAGUUUGAUGACAACAACACUUCAAUUUCACCAGCCAUGCUUGCGAGCUCACAGAAUCCUCUCGAGUCCCACGCAGGCAGAGAUAUUCUACAGGAUGCUGACANCGCAGGCAGAGAUAUUCUACAGGAUGCUGACACAACAAAUAAAGUUCCACUUCCCAUGUCUCUGGAAGGAAAUACUCAAGCUUCUAUCCGUAGUGAUGGUGUUCAUGAUCAAUCUCUCCAUUUUUCAAGAAAGAUAAGAAAAGAGAAUACUAAAACCAGAUCUACUAGUUGA